GAGAAGUUGGUGAGGGUGCGCCAAUUGGCCUUUGGUCGCUCACUCGCAGUAGGUGCGAAGAUCUUUCACAUCCUUUCAUCUUGAUCUUGCCAAGAUUCCUUUCUUACAUCAUCCAAGAUUUCUGUUUCUCCAGCAACAAUAAGCAGACGUCGGAAGAACAAAAAACGAUCAGAUAUAUUUGAUGGAGGGCUUGCUGAGUAUCAAAGUGAAUCAUGUUCAAUCUUUUAGUGUAAACCAACAAAAUUCGAAACUUGUUCCCGAAUUGACUCCGAGAUUUGCAAGAAAAGCAUUUAUUAGUCCAUUUGGUGUUCUGAGAAGCCAAAAAUCAUUGAGUUCAGUGGCUGCUUCUGUUCAACCGUUGGGUGCCGUAACACCCGACCGUUUCGACAACAUGUUGCCUUCCAAAGAUGUCCUUGAUGUGUGGAGCAGUUCCGACGCCGUGUGUUUUGACGUGGAUAGCACAGUCUGUGUUGAUGAGGGGAUUGAUGAGCUCGCCGAGUUUUGUGGAGCUGGUCAAGCUGUUGCAGAUUGGACUGCCAGGGCCAUGGGCGGUUCUGUUCCUUUCGAGGAAGCUUUGGCUGCCAGGUUAUCGCUUUUUAGUCCAUCGUUGUCACAAGUGCAGGAUUUCCUUGACAAGAGGCCUCCAAGACUUUCUCCCGGCAUUGAUCAGUUGGUGAAGAAGCUCAAGGAGAAGAACAAAGCUGUUUUUCUGGUUUCUGGAGGUUUCCGUCAAAUGAUAAAUCCUGUUGCAACAAUCCUUGGGAUACCUCUCGAGAACAUUUACGCCAAUCAACUUUUGUUCACAAGCUCUGGUGAGUUCUCGGGAUUCGAUGAAAAUGAGCCUACUUCAAGGAGUGGAGGAAAGGCCACUGCUGUCCGACAAAUUAGAAAGGCUAAAGGUUACAAGUCUUUAGUUAUGAUUGGAGACGGCGCCACUGAUCUUGAGGCUCGUCAGCCGGGAGGUGCCGACUUGUUUAUUUGCUACGGCGGAAUCCAACUUCGCCAAAAUGUCGCUGCUAAGGCCGACUGGUUGGUGUUGAAUUUCGAAGAUUUGAUCAGUUCACUGGAUUAGUUUAGAGUGAGUUUUCAUGGCCUUUUUUGGUGAGUGAUUCUUCUUAUUGUCUACACUCAUUUGUUCUUCCAUUGUUUUUGGUGCUUUGCAUAUUGUUGCCUAAGCACACCUAUUUUUGGUUAAGGCAUUGUUUUGGAUUUGGCUUUUUGCAAUAUCCAAUCUAUAAAUUCUACAAUGUGUGUUGA